AUGAAUGAAAAUCUACCUACAACUUGCACAGUGCAUUUUGAGGACCCGAACGUAUUAAACGAGUUUAUUCUUACUGUCACACCUGAUGAGGGUUAUUGGCUGGGUGGCAAGUUUAAAUUUAGCGUUUUCGUAACCGAGGAUUAUAAUAUGGCGCCACCCAAAGUAAAAUGCCUUACAAAGUUGUGGCAUCCUAAUAUUAAUGAAGAUGGAGAUAUUUGCUUGUCUCUACUUAGACAGACUUCUAUUGACGAACACGGGUGGGCUCCCACUAGAAGACUGAAAGAUGUUGUUUGGGGACUCAAUUCCCUAUUUACUGAUCUCCUUAAUUUUGAUGACCCCCUUAAUAUAGAAGCAGCGGAAUUGUAUAAGAAAAAUAGGAAUGAAUUUCAAAUCAAAGUGCAGGAGUAUAUUGUAAUGGCCAGGGGGAAGAGA